AUGCACCUCUCAGGCCCGCUGUCCGGGAGGUGGACAGCUUAUCUCGGGCUGAUAUCUACACUUUCCGGCGUCAUUACACCAGCAGUUGCCGUCAAGGAACAUGAUUUCAAAAAGUGCGCCCAGUCGGGCUUCUGCUCGCGAAACCGAGCGCUUGCUGACCACGUCCUCUCCACCAACUCGUGGUCGUCUCCAUACUCUAUCCUUCCCGAAUCCGGGUCCUUCAAGGACGGACAGUACCAAGCUGUCGUAUUGAAGACUAUCAACGACAAUGGCGACACCGUCCGGCUUCCAUUGACCGUUUCCUUCCUCGAAUCCGGCACCGCCCGAGUUACGAUUGAUGAAGAGAAGAGGCAAAAGGGCGAGAUCGAACUGCGCCAUGACAGCAAGGCCCGGAAGGAGCGAUACAAUGAAGCCGAGAAAUGGGUUAUUGUUGGAGGGCUAACACUUGACAAGGAAGCCAAGGUGGAUUUCGAAGACAAGUCACAGCUCACUGUCAAGUACGGACCUACCUCCAACUUCGAAGCCGUCAUCAAGUUCGCUCCCUUUGGAAUCGAUUUUAAGCGCGAUGGAGUCAGCCAGAUCAAGUUCAACGACCAGGGGCUGCUGAACGUGGAGCACUGGAGGCCCAAGAUUGAGAAGCCAGCGGUUGAGAACAAGGACACCCCCGAGGGCGAGCAGAACCAGGAGGACAAGGAAGAGGAGAAGAAGGAGGAGGAGGAGGAACCCAAGGGCGAGGACGAGAGCACCUGGUGGGACGAGUCCUUUGGCAGCAACACCGAUUCGAAGCCUCGUGGCCCCGAAAGUGUUGGCCUCGAUAUCACCUUCUCGGGCUUCGAGCAUGUCUACGGCAUUCCUUCUCACACCGGCCCUCUGUCACUGAAGACCACUCGCGGCGGGGAUGGCAGCUACAGCGAGCCCUACAGGCUCUACAACGCCGACGUUUUCGAGUACAUUCUUGACAGCCCGAUGACGCUUUAUGGCUCCAUUCCUUUCAUGCAGGCCCACCGCAAGGGCUCCAGCGUUGGUGUUUUCUGGCUCAAUGCUGCCGAGACCUGGGUCGAUAUCACCAAGGGCAAGGACUCCAAGAACCCCCUGUCUCUUGGUAUUGGCUCCAAAACCAGCACCCACACUCACUGGUUCUCGGAAAGUGGUCUUCUGGACGUCUUUGUUUUCCUUGGCCCUACCCCCAAGGAUCUUACCGCCAAAUAUGGCGAGCUCACCGGCACCACCACCAUGCCUCAGGAGUUUGCCCUCGGUUACCAUCAGUGCCGCUGGAACUACGUCUCGGACGAGGAUGUCAAGGAUGUCGACCGCAAGAUGGACAAGUUCAAGAUGCCCUAUGAUGUCAUUUGGCUCGAUAUUGAGUACACGGAUGAUAAGAAGUACUUCACCUGGGAUGAGCAUAGCUUCAGGGACCCCAUCGGCAUGGGCAAGCAGUUGGAGAGCCACGGUCGCCAGCUGGUCACUAUCAUCGACCCUCAUAUCAAGAACACCGACAACUACCCCGUCGUUGCCGAGCUCAAGUCCAAGGACUUGGCUGUCAAGAACAAGGAUGGCAACAUCUUUGAGGGCUGGUGCUGGCCAGGCAGCUCCCACUGGAUUGAUGCUUUCAAGCCUGCCGCCCGUGAGUGGUGGGCUACCCUCUUCAAGUAUGCCUCGUUCAAAGGCUCCAUGGAGAACACCUGGAUUUGGAACGACAUGAAUGAGCCUUCGGUCUUUAACGGUCCCGAGACGACCAUGCCCAAGGACAACCUUCAUGAUGGCAACUGGGAGCAUCGUGAUGUCCACAACCUUAACGGCAUGACCUUCCACAACGCCACACACCAUGCUCUCAAAACCCGCAAGCCUGGCGAGCUCCGCCGUCCAUUUGUCCUCACCCGCGCCUUCUUUGCCGGCUCUCAGCGCAUCGGUGCCAUGUGGACCGGUGACAACACUGCCGAGUGGGGCCAUCUCAAAGAAUCCAUCCCCAUGAUUUUGUCCCAAAACAUCGCCGGCUUCCCCUUCUCCGGCGCUGACGUCGGUGGCUUCUUCGGCAACCCUGACAAGCAGCUCUUGACUCGUUGGUACCAGGCCGGUGCUUUCUACCCCUUCUUCCGCGGCCAUGCUCACAUUGAUGCCCGCCGCCGCGAGCCUUACCUCAUGGGGGAGCCGUACAACACCAUCAUCGCUGGUGCCCUCCGCCUUCGUUACAGCCUUUUGCCAUCAUGGUACACUGCCUUCCACCAAGCCCACGUCGACGGCACUCCCAUCGUCAAGCCGCUGUACUACACUCACCCUGACGAAGAGGCCGGUUUCCCCAUCGACAACCAAUUCUUCGUCGGCAACACCGGCCUUCUCGUCAAGCCUGUUACCGAGGAGAACAAGGAGACUCAGGACAUCUUCGUCCCUGACAACGAAGUCUACUACGAUUACUUUACUUACAAUGUCGUUGCCUCUGGCAAGGCCGGGAAGACGGUCACGGUUGCCGCUCCGCUGGAGAAGCUCCCCCUUCUGAUGCGUGGUGGCCAUAUUUUCCCCCGCCGUGACAUUCCCCGCCGCUCUUCGCAGCUCCAGAAGUGGGAUGACUACACUUUGGUGUUGACCAUUCCCAAGGACGGAAAGCACGCGGAGGGCGAGUUGUACGUGGAUGACGGCGACUCGUAUGACUUUGAACAGGGGCAGUACAUCAACCGCAGGUUUGUUUACGAUGGCGCCGCCAAGACCAUCACGUCGGUUGAUAAGGAGGGCAGGGAUACCAAGAGCGUCAAGCAAGGGGAGUGGCUCAAGAAGUACAAUGAGGUGAGGGUGGACAAGAUCGUGGUCGUGGGGGCGGAGGAGAAGGUGUGGGGGAAGAAGACCGAGGUGGAUGUUGUUGAUGAGAGCGGGAAGGGGGCGUGGAAGGCAAAGGUGGAGUUUACUCCUGCUGACAAGGCCGCCGGGAGGGCGAGCUUUGCGGUUAUCAAGAGGGUGGGUGCGAGCAUUGGGAGUGAUUGGAAGGUUGAGCUCUAA